AAAAAACCAAAAUCUGCGAGGUGAAGGACCUGGGUACUUCUCAAGGUUUGGAGAGAUGGGCCGCCCGGCAGGGCCUCUUCAGGAUCUCUGGUAAAUGCUGUCCUCGGGUCUGAGGCAGCGGCGUGGGCUGGGAGGGGCUGCCGUGACUCAUCGGAGGAGCUGUCUGAUAUUCCAGCAAGGGGCGCUGGCUAUGAACCCCUGCAGCCCCAGGGGCCAUCCCCUGCUCGCCAGCUGGCCAGGGGGACACCCAUUUCUGCAGAAAACCCUGGGUACCAGCCCUCCUCUAAGGCCUCCGGACAGCCUGUUCUUGUUUACGACCCCCGUCCCGGGGGAACGGGAUUGCACACCCUCGCAUGUGACUGGAGAGGCUGGUCUCUGAGCGCUGGAGGAAACUCAAGCCCCGCCAGCCACUUGGCAUCAGAAUGCUCAGCUGGUCCCCUCUUCGGCGGGGCUCAUGUGACCGAGGCUCAGCUAUAAAUAUCAAGGGGGCCUCAGAGCAAGACAGAAAUCGGACGCCAGGAAGAGACAGCGAAGAGGAUCCGAGCUGGUGUUCUGUGGCCCGGGCAGGAGCCUCAGAUCCGUGUAGAGAGAGGCAGGUAGAGGCGGCAGCUGCACCUCCGGACAGUAUGGAUUAUAAGUCCAGCCUGAUCCAGGAUGGGAACCCCAUGGAGAACCUGGAGAAGCAGCUGAUCUGUCCCAUCUGUCUGGAGAUGUUUACCAAGCCCGUGGUCAUCUUACCAUGCCAGCACAACCUCUGCCGGAAGUGUGCCAACGACAUCUUCCAGGCUGCAAAUCCCUACUGGACCAACCGGGUCGGCUCGGUGUCCAUGUCCGGGGGCCGCUUCCGCUGCCCCUCGUGCCGCCACGAGGUGAUCAUGGACCGUCACGGGGUAUACGGGCUGCAGAGGAACCUGCUGGUGGAGAACAUCAUCGACAUCUACAAGCAGGAGUGUUCCAGUCGGCCCCUGCAGAAGGGCAGCCACCCGAUGUGCAAGGAGCACGAAGACGAGAAGAUCAACAUCUACUGCCUCACGUGUGAGGUGCCCACGUGCUCCAUGUGCAAGGUGUUUGGGGCUCACCAGGCCUGCGAGGUAGCUCCGCUCCAGAGCGUCUUCCAGGGACAGAAGAUGGAGCUGAGUAACUGUAUCUCCAUGCUGGUGGCGGGGAAUGACCGCAUGCAGACCAUCAUCACUCAGCUGGAGGACUCCAGUCGAGUGACCAAGGAGAACAGUCACCAGGUGAAGGAAGAGCUGAGCCAGAAGUUUGACACGCUGUACGCCAUCCUGGACGAGAAGAAGAGCGAGCUGCUGCAGAGGGUCACACAGGAGCAGGAGGAGAAGCUCAGCUUCAUCGAGGCCCUCAUCCAGCAGUACCGGGCGCAGCUGGACAAGUCCACCAAGCUGGUGGAGACGGCCAUCCAGUCCUUGGACGAGCCUGGCGGGGCCACCUUCCUCUUGAGUGCCAAGCAACUCAUCCAAAGCAUCGUGGAGGCGUCCAAGGGCUGCCAGCUGGGGAAGAUAGAGCAAGGCUUUGAGAACAUGGACUACUUCACUUUGGACUUAGAGCACAUAGCAGACACCCUGCGGGCCAUCGACUUUGGGAUAGAGGAGGACGAGGAGGAGUUCACUGAAGAGGAAGAAGUCCAGGAAGAGAUUUCCACAGAAGAGAAAGAAGAAGGACACCAGUAAGGAGCUGGAUGAGUGAGAGACCCUCUGGAUGCAGAGAGACUGGGGGAAGGGCCCAGGGUGGGAGGGACGGGGCCCCUGGAGGGGUAAUGGGGAAUUGUGUCUCCUCUGCUCAGAGAACAGGGACUAGAAUAGCAACCCCACCGCUGUGUCCAGCAGUCACUGAACCAGGAUUGGAAAUGUGCCUGAAAUCGUCACACAGGACACUUUUCUACGUUGGUGCAAAAUGAAAUAUUUUGUACGUUUUUAAAAUGUGAUUUUUGUAUAUACUUGUCACGUAUGCCAAUGUGGUGCUUUUUGUAAAGGGACUUUUGUAUAAUAACGCUGGGGCACUCUGACUGGCUUUUGAGAAAGGGAGAGAAAGCCAGGUCAAUAGAGCCGCCCGCUUUCUUUCCCCAGUGGGAGGGCUGGGUCACACUCACGGGCCUAGAAAGAGAUAAUGUACUGUAUUUCAGUGCCCAUCCCUGACGUGGGGGAACUGAGUUUGUUAUAUGUUGUUUUAAUAAACGCACAGUGCUCUCUUCCUGUUAUUACAAACGA